AGCAAACUGCAUGGAAACACAGCAGCUUCCGUUCUGUAACAGUCACUGUCAGCAGUUUGCAAUAACUGUUUGUUCAGAUUGGUUAUGUCAACACUGUUUUGUCGUAGUCAGUGUGAUUUAGACAUUGGGACUCUAAACGCUUUGAAUCAUGGAUGAUUCAGACACCGUCGCUAUUAUUGCGGAGGACCUGGAGUCGAGUGACUCCAGCAAAGUCUGUUUUUGUUUUAAGGUGCCACAAAACAAACGUUCACCGCCGUGUUCGUGUCCGUUUUCUGUGACCGUGGAGCCCGUUAUGUUCCUGUCCACGUUCUCCAUAGCUCUCCAGAUGCCUCUGUACACGCAGUACCUGUGGGAUCGUAUCAGUGAAGAUGUGGGAUAUAAUGGAACAAAGGGAGGGGGAUGUAAUGCAUCUACAGUCCAAGAUCCUCUGCAGAAGGAAGUGGAGACUCUGACUGCACACUGGAGCCUGUACAUCAAUCUGGGUGGAUUUGUAGUAGGGCUGAUCAUGGUGACCCUGCUGGGCUCCUGGAGCGACCAUGCAGGUCGGCGUCUCAUUCUGAUCAUCCCUUCCCUUGGCCUGGCUGUUCAGGCGACCGUGUAUUUGAUUGUAAUGUACCUGAAGCUGCCUGUGUUCUGGUUCCUCAUUGGGAGAAUCUGCAGCGGCCUGUCUGGGGACUUCAAUGCUAUUUUGGCUGGUUGCUUUGCAUAUGUGGCUGACACAAGUGCCAGGGGUUCUCGUACCUUUCGUGUGGCGAUACUAGAGGCUUGUCUGGGAUUGGCUGGUAUGUUUGCGAGCAUCAUCGGAGGACAGUGGCGAAGGGCACAAGGGUAUAUCAACCCAUUCUGGCUGGUAUUGGCCACAAAUCUUGCAACGGCCCUUUACGCAUACCUUUUUGUGCCUGAAACGGUGACCCCUGACCCAGAGGCGAAGCUCCUCUCCACCGAGCACCACCAGGCCGUCUACCGCCUUUAUACAUCUGAGGCACCACAGGGGCGCAGAACUAAACUCUGGUUGUACACUCUCUGCUUCUUUGUGGUGGUGUCUGUACAUUUCGGCUGCAGUGACCUCUAUGUGCUGUAUGAGUUGAGCUCUCCACUCUGCUGGGGUCCAGAGCUGAUCGGUUAUGGCUCUGCGGCCAAGCAUCUGGCCUACCUCACUAGCCUGACGGGGCUGAGGGCCAUGCAGUGCUGUCUGGAGGACUCCUGGGUGGCUUUAGUCGGCCUUACCUCUAAUAUAGUUGGCUUGAUUGUGUUUUCGGUUGCUAACACUACAGCUCUGAUGUUUACAGGAUAUGGGUUGUGCUUCCUUUUUAUGGCCUCUACCCCAGUCCUGAGAUCUAAACUGUCCAAGCUGGUGGACCCUUCAGAACAAGGUGCUCUGUUUGCUUCAGUGGCGUGUGUGGAAGGUCUGUGUUCACUAGUAUCUAGUGGGGUCUUUAACUCUCUUUACCCUGCCACACUACACUUCAUGAAAGGAUUCCCCUUUAUCUUUGGGGCCGUCAUCCUCUUUAUCCCAGCUGGCAUUAUCGGGGGCUUGGGUUGCCAGGAGAAGAAAGAGAGCAGAGAAAACAGAGAAGGCUCUGGAAUAUCCUGACACUGACAAUGAUGAAUUUUUUUUUUUUUUAAGAAAUUAUUUUAUUGAGUAAGGGCAGCCUUGCCAUCACAUAAACGCUAUUUUAUUUUUUAAGUUAAAAAUAGAAAGCACUUAUUUUAUAAUAGUAUUUUACAAUACAUAUUAAUGUUUUACUGUAUUUUUCAUUAAAUUAAUUCAGUCUUAAUUCAUAAGAGGCUGCAAUUUGUGAACCUCAUUCGAUUCCAGCAUCAGCAGUUUUGGACAUCAGCCAUUUACACUGAAAGUAAGCCAGUGGUAGAUAGAUUUAGCCAAAAAGUGUUAACACUGUGACUCUGUGGUGCUAUCAAAACAGUUUCUGACCGGCCAGACACCGCAACAUUAGCUCAACCAAUAGCGUGAGUUUGGGUCGGCUGAGUGUAGGAAGCUGUUUUUGUAAUUCUUUUUUAUGAAAAUUAAACAUUUAAAACUGUGAAUAUUAAUCAAGCCAUACUACAAAUUC